AUGUGUUAUAUUUUAUAUUGCAACAUAUAUUCAAAUAUUGCAACAGACAUUAAAAGAAAGUCAUUCCAGUACAAUCACUCUACAAACAGGAACAGAUUACAAACAGCUCUACAGUCAUUGUUACGCACAGUUUGUGGUGUUACUUUGCAUCACACUAUGCUAAUGACAAUUUAAGCUUGUGCAACAUUUGUGCAAGAAAACAUGGCUUUGAUGCAAUAACAGAAAUAUAGAGACAAUGUAAAGCAAUCCAACACAACUACACCUUAAACUACAACUUCAGAAAUGUUCUCUCCUGUGUCCGAAUUUAAAAAAGAAGUUAAAAAUGAAAUUUAUGCCACAGCAUUUCUCAAGGGGCUGGUAGUUUGUUUGUGCUUCCCAGUUGAUGCAGUGACAACUUCCUCAUCUUUUCGUUGGUAAGGAGGAGCCUCAGAUCCUCUAAAAAGAGUGGAAGACUAAAUAAAAGAAAAGUGCCGAGACUCAGUCAACAUUACUCUGAAGAUGAAGUUUUCCUUUGUCUUUCUUCUUUUAUUAGGUAUGAUGAAAAAAACCAACUAAAUGUUGUAGUUUUCUGUUUUCCAGUGCCUGUACUGACCUAUUGAUGAGAAAUGUUUGUUUUCCAGAUGUCCCUCAUCUGAGAGGGCAGCAGAAGAUUGAGGAGUCUGAACACAUUUUGCUGAGACUUGCCUUCCCUUCAAUUUACAACAGUCACAACAAGUCCUGCUGUAAACUCUAUCCAGGAGGUUGUUACAAGCUGGUGGAUAGCACAGGAUACAUCUGUGAAUUACUGAAAGGAAGAGUCACAAAAACGGAGAAGGACGGCUGGAUUGAAUUCAAAAUAUCAAACGUGCAGUUUGUGGAUGGAGGCUUCUACAGAUGUAUUGUGCAGGGAACCCAAAACCACAUCUACAGGGACUACUAUGUGGAGGUCUCAGAUGCUUCAAGUCACCACAGUCAGUCUCAGCCUCCACUGCCAACAACCAUCACAGUCCUCAACACCUCCACAACACUCCCAGACUCCACUGGUCCUGCUCUGGCACAGGACCACAGGGACAGUCCCAGGGUCCCCUGGAGUUUUGGCCUGCCGCUGGUUGUCAUUGUGUCCAUUUCAGUCAUGAUUUUGAUCACUUCGGUUAUUGGCGUCGUUUGCUUCAGAGUGAAAGCAAACCGUAAACCGUCUGACAGAUGUGGAGAAACUCUGUGUGAGUCACUGAAACAAGAGGCACCGGAAAUGAGUGGCAUAGUCUACACCACGGUGGACUUCAGAGCUCACGAGAAACCCACCGAGGUGUAUGCAAACCUAAGGAUGCCCAAAACACAAGCUGCUGACACCGAGCGGGCUGACAUUGUGGAGUACUCCACACUGGCAAUCCACCAGUGAAUUCAUGUGAAAGCUUCGUUAGGUUCUGAUUUUAACGUGGGACUGAUUCUGUUGGUGACACCGCUGUGUUUUUAAAGGGAAGUCCAUUGAUUGUACACAUACAUGUCAGUUCAAUAGUCAGGUUUAGCACUUCUCAGCCUGUGCACAGUUUGAAGAGAGGGUUUAACAAAAAUGCAUCAUGGGAAAUUAAGGGUCCGGCCUUGUUAGAUCCAGACAGAGCUUGAACCGCACAAUGGACAAGGCAUCUUGGCUUCUGCUGCUUUUAUUUGAACUUUUGUCACUUUUGAGUUCCCUGAGUUUCUAAGAGUGUAAUGUCAAAUCACUGAACUACCAUUUCAAAUGUAUAUAACAGGAGCUUUUAGUGAAACUGAUUGAAGGCAUUAAAAUGAAAUGAUGAUGGAAUUAAAGAAAUGAUCUCUCUUAAAUAAUGCACACAAUCUGGUGAAAAGUUG